AUGUCAUAUUCGAAACUAGUGGAAUCUCUUGACAAAGAAACAAUCCUUCAAAAGUGGGAUGAUAUCACCCCUUUGUCCAAAAUUUCAGGAGUCCCAACUUCGUCGGAUGAGCUUGGAGAAGACGCUGUUUUCGAAGGUCAUGAUGAGGAACAGGUCAAAUUAAUGGAAGAACUCUGUAUUGUCCUUGAUUUCCACGACAAGCCUGUUGGCGCAGGCACCAAAAAAUUAUGCCACUUGAUGGAAAAUAUCGAAGAGGGCUUGUUACAUAGAGCGUUCUCCGUGUUUUUUUUCAAUGAGAAGAACGAACUUCUAUUACAGCAAAGAGCGGACGAAAAGAUUACUUUUCCGAACAUGUGGACCAACACAUGUUGCUCACAUCCACUUUGCAUCCCCUCAGAAUUGGGGAUCACCCUGGAGGGGGUGGAAGCCGACAAAGAUAACUUAGACACCGCCAUCGCUGGGGCUAAGGUUGCUGCCCAAAGAAAGCUUUUUCACGAACUUGGCAUCCCUCCAGAAGACUGUCCGCUCUCAGACUUUGAGUACUUAACGAGGAUUCACUACAAGUCGGCAAGCGCGUUGGGUUCUAAAUGGGGAGAACACGAGAUAGACUAUAUUCUCGUAAUAAAAGGAAAAGGGAGUAUCACAGUCGAGCCUAACUACAACGAAGUGAAAGACUAUAAAUAUGUCAGCGCUGCAACGCUUCAAGAUAUGUUCAGGGAUGAGAACCUCGUUAUGAACAGACACAUCACAGCCAUAUCUCGGCGUCUUUACGCAACUUCAGAAAUUGCGACAAGACCGAGGAGGCGUAAGACGCAUUUCUCUGAUACCUUGAACAAAGGCCCCUCGUUCGAUGACUUUGUUUCAGGUAAGGCGUCACAAAUGAUGGUUGAUCCGCUAGAAGCGGCCAGAAUGGAUCCGGAACAAAAGUUACCAAAAUGGCUUAAGGUACCUAUACCCAAGGGAAAAUCCUUUCUGAAUGUGAAGAAAGAUGUGAGAGAGCUCAAACUAGCAACUGUAUGUGAGGAAGCAAAAUGUCCCAAUAUUGGGGAAUGUUGGGGUGGUAAAAAAUCGGAGGCCACGGCUACAAUUAUGCUUUUGGGGGACACAUGUACUAGAGGUUGUCGUUUCUGCUCAGUUAAAACAGACAGAAACCCCUCAAAGCCCGAUCCGAACGAGCCCGAGAAUACUGCUGAGGCUAUCAGCAGAUGGGGAUUGGGCUACGUCGUCCUUACAACUGUGGAUAGGGAUGAUCUUGUUGAUGGAGGCGCAAAUCAUCUCGCAGAAACAGUGAGAAGAAUUAAAGAGAAAGCACCUCAUAUUUUGGUGGAGGUCUUGGGUGGUGAUUUCCGAGGAGAUCUCAAGAGCUGCGACAUACUUGCAACAUCCGGUUUAGAUGUUUACGCUCACAAUCUAGAAACGGUCGAAGCUUUGACUCCUCAUGUCAGAGACCGGAGGGCUACUUACAGACAGUCCCUUUCGAUUUUGAGAAGAGCGAAAGAACUGAAACCGUCUUUAGUCACAAAAACGUCAUUGAUGUUAGGGUUCGGUGAAACUGACGAAAUGGUAAUGCAGACCUUAAAAGAUUUGCGUGCUGUGGGAUGCGAUGUUGUCACAUUCGGGCAAUACAUGCGCCCUACAAGGAGACAUAUGAAAGUGGUGGACUACGUACGGCCAGAAAAGUUUGAGUACUGGAAGAAAACUGCCUUGGAAUUGGGCUUCUUAUACGUGGCUAGUGGACCCUUGGUUAGGUCGUCUUACAAAGCAGGCGAGGCGUACAUUGAAAACGUUCUCCGCAAUCGUAAACAUAAUGUCGGCGAAAAUGAUAAGUCCGAGGAUCUCGAAGAUUCGUUUAUCACUCAAUUUGAGACGACUUUGAGUAUUCGUCCUUCUAACGACCUUUUUGCGGAAGACAUCACUAUAGAUCAAAGCUAUUUUGUUAAUGGCUCCAAAUCUAGCCCAAGAACGAGUUCUGAGGCAUUGGGGUCCAUCAAAGAGCAACAAAAAGAGCCCUAUGCGAAGCAACAUAAUCAUAAACAAUCGGAGAGAACUCUAAAUACUGAUGGCUCUUUCGUAGCUCCCAGCGAUAGUGUUAUCAGCAAGGAACUUUUGAACUCUUGCCCAGAAUUGGAAUCUAUACUUGAGCCGUCUCCUCUUAUAGAUCUACAGUUAUUAAAGUUUCGAAGAACUUUUGCAGAAUUUAUUAGUGCCAAUCCGCAGAUUGAACAGCAAAGCCCUCGGUUCGUCAAGAGCAGUGAUCAAACACUCGUGUUACUUUCGCCAUUCUCAACGGAGCAUAGCUUUGGGCGCUCAUGGGUCCUGAAAUCUUAUUUGUCGACCAUUUUUGAAAGACCUCAACGACUUCUUGCCUCUUGCAUUGGAGUUGCAGCUGCUCUUUCUAUGUAUCCGUUCUUUUACUCGAUACAGAAUUCGGAUCGAAGAAGUUCCAUAUUUUCUAAGCAUGUGACCAAAGUUCAUGGGAAGAACUGGCCCAAGCUUUUGUUCAAUCUUUGUCUUGGCUCUCAUGAAAAAUUGAGCAAAGGAGAACUCGAAGUCCCUCCUGACUGGAACCCUGGGGACAUAUACUUAACACCAAAAAGUAUCACGGCUUUAGAAGGUGUCAUAGGAACUAUUGAAACAGCAGUGGAUGCUCUUUUUGGAACAGGUAGAGAUGUCGAGAAACAUAAAUUAGCAUUCGUUGUUCUCCGACCACCAGGACAUCAUUCCCAUGCCUGUCUCCCAAGCGGAUUUUGUGUACUCAACAAUGCUCAAAUCGGAGUUGAAUACGCCUUUCAAACUUACGGUGUUACACAUUGUGCAAUAUUGGAUAUCGAUCUUCACCACGGUGAUGGUACUCAAGACAUUUGCUGGGAGCGGGGAGGCUUCUACGGUGAUUAUGGAAAGGACGAUGAAAUUGACGGAGAGCUGCCGCCCAGGAAUGAACAUGGUAAACGAAAGCCGUCUUCACCGAAGGUUGGCUACUUCUCCUUACACGACAUCAAAUCAUACCCUACAGAGCUUGGCUUUGCAUCUAAAGAAAACUUAAAAAACGCUUCAGUCUGUAUGAUGGACCAUGACAUUAACAUUUGGAACGUUCACCUUCAAGAAUGGGCAUCAGAAGAAGAGUUUUAUAAACACUAUCAAACAAAGUAUGUGGCAAUUUUAAAUCGAGCUAAUCAAUUCCUUAACCAGGCUAAAAGGCAACACGAACAAGAACAUUCGAGCUACAUAGCAGAGCUCACGAAAUACAAAAAAUUUCUCCUGAAGCCUCAUCUUUAUAAACAGCCUGUCACUAAGCCCUCACCACCGCCAGCCUUUAAACCUUUAAUCAUCAUAUCUGCUGGACUUGAUGCUUCGGAAUACGAAAAUCCACAGAUGCAAAGGCAUGGAGUCAAUGUGCCGACGUCAUUUUAUGCCAAGUUUACAAAAGAUGUCGUUAAAUUGGCUCAGCUUCACACAUAUGGAAAAGUCAUCUCGUUUUUGGAAGGGGGGUACUCUGAUGGAGCGUUGAUUUCAGGGAUUUUCUCCCACUUAAUUGGGUUAACAAACAACCAAAAGGAGAACACGGAUGAUCCGGUUUUAUGGAACGGGUCAUGGGGCACUGAACAUGUUGUGAAAGAACUCACGAAAGGUUGCAAGCGACAAUGGGUCCCAUACAAGAAUCCCAAGACCGAGGUUACAAUCUGGGCAAAUGAGGUGAUCAAUGACAGUGCCUAUAUAGAGCUCUUACUUUUUGAAAUAAAGGAGCUACGAGCUGAAUGCGAUUCAACGAAAAAGAAGCUUCACGAACUGAUCGGAAAACGAGCAGGAGAAUCUUACCAGGACUCAACUAUUUCGUAUGAGAACUCUGAUGGUAUUCCUCAAAGAUCAGCACGUCGAAGAAAGCAGGUUGAGCAGGUGCCCCAAAGGAGCUCUGUUGAACAGCCCGAUGCAGAUACUAUUCCCAAGAGUGAACCGCAUCCUGAUGUGGUAACCAACAGUGUUCCAAUCUCGGAGAAUAUUAAGUCAGGUCUCUCUCUAGUGGUCAAACGCAGCACGUCACCAAAUUCAUUAGGACAAAAUGAAACUGAUUUUGAUAGUCUGGGGAAAAAAGAGGACGAUAACCUGAAAGUGGCCGAAGAAGAGAAGAACAAUAUCGAAAACAGCCCACUGUUACGAGCUGUUUCACCUUCAACAGAUUCUGGGGAUCUCAAGAUGAUAGCAUCGUUCAAGCGAAGAAUCGAACAAUGA